CUGUAUAAUUAGUUUGCCAUGGCUGCCGGACUCUCGCGUCCCCGGUAUCAAAUUUGAUGACAGAGAAAUUGACCGUCCUCUCGUUUUGUUUCUUCUGGUCGAAACAUCCUUAGGUUGGAAAUAUAAUUCGACGAAGAAGAAAAUAAUUUUCUUCAAAAUCUAAAGUUGGCCAUGGUGAGUUUGUCUCCAGAUGUUUGUUGUCUGUACGCUUGAGGCGGCUAAACUCGCUAUGACUUUCCUCAAAUUUAUCUUCCUCUUUUCAAAUCGCAAAUGCUUAAUUUUAUCCUGUGGCUGUUUCUUGGUAGCUUUGUUUACUGAGUUUUCAACCGAAUUUAGUCCUCCUAAAGUUUCCGAUUUAUAGCUGUCAUUAUUAUGACAAUUUAUUUUGAAUUAAUAAAUUCUCUGAUUACUUUCAUUUACGGCAUCUAUCUGAUGAUCUCUUCAGGGCUUCAUGUAAUAUUUCGCACAUGAGCUUAAGCUCACUGAUUAAUUUUGAUGUCAUUUUAAUUAUUUGGACAAUGACGCGAAAAUGACGCGCGAAAUUAUUAAUUUUUGUUAUCUAAAUACUUGAUCGAUAACAAAGUCGUAAACAUUCUCAUGAAUAUGCGAAAAUUAUUAAGGAUUUUUUUUUACUUCAAUCUCAUUGAUCACUGUUCUGUUAUAGGACAUUGGAUUAAAUGAGCAUCAUCAACAAAUUGUGGUAAACUACCUUAGAUUUGCACGUUAUGGCCGAGGACAGAGACUCAGGGGAAUAGAUGCAUCUUUUGAGGAACUAAAAGACAGCAGGUAUGAUGUAGACAGUAUUGUGUCACUCCUAGUCUCAUUACAACUAACUGCACCUGGAAUGUAUCUUAUUAUCCAACUGCACAGAGGAGAGUACAAAUAAUGCGCCAGUAGAGUACAAAUCCUGCAAUAUUGUACAGUUAUUUGGACCAUUGGUUAUUCUGUACAAUUAAAAGAACUUGUUUAACCAGUCAGCUGUGCAUGCUACACUCCUCUAUCCACUUUGCUUUUCCCACCUCAUGAGAAACGAGCAGAAAGACUUAACAGAAAAAAAGCAGUCGGAUAUUAAAAACUUAUUAGAUGUCUUGGUGUGUAGUAUCGCUGAAUAUUUUUACUUGCAGUUUGUGUUUUGACUAUAUUUAGCUAUAAUACACACCAAAAUGUCUAAUAAGAUAUAUGUACUAUCAGUGGAAUGGUCAGGGUUUGAAGAAGUAGCAAAGGUUUAUGCACAGACCUCGUACUGUAAAGUUCCUGGGGUGGAGUACAAGGCCAUACCUGAAAAUAGCUCAUUGGUUUAUCUCCUGCCACUUUAAAGUUGAAAGUUUUAUGGUAUAUAUUUCCAUUAUUUAGAACCUCAUUUCAAAUUUGUUUUUCUAUCUCCUAAUUUUACCAGGAUGAGUUAGUGUACAUGGGAUUUGAGAAAGUGGGAGAGGGAGGGUUAAUAGGGGGAAUGGAAAGCAGGCAAAUAAGUCCUAUGAGGAAAGAAUUAUUACCACAGUGAGCACCAGUAACUUAUUAUUUUGAUAUUGUUUAUCUUUCAGGCCAUUUAUUUUUAACUGACUUACUUUUAACCUGAAAUUCAUCCUUUAGCCAAUGAUUAAUCCAGACCAAAAAAAGGGAUUGAUACCAUAGAAUGAUUGCUUACACAGACUUGUAGAAGACACAUACACUCUUGAUGAAGUGACAGACAUGUUAGAUGGCCUUUGUGCAGUGGUUAGAGGAGAAGUUGAAUCUGAACUCAUUAACGCUGCACACACCAAUGUUCUUCUCCUGAGGCAAGUGUUUAGUCAAGCUGAGAAAUGGCAUUUGAAGCUACAGGCUGACAUAUCAGAACUGGAAAAUAGGUAAGGAGUAUGUUUAUUUAAUGGCUCUUUAAUCUUCAGAUUUAAAUCGUCAUUUGUUUUUCACCUAUUUGCAGAGAGCUUAUAAAUGAAAUUGCAAAGUUUGAAGAAAGGGAAUUCUCUCCCGGUGCACAAAGCUCACAGGUAUAGUUUUCAUGUCAUUAUUACAAAAUGAACAAGUUUAACAACUACAAAUGUCUGUUGAACAAAAAUUAAAAAGAUUAAAAAAAGGUAAAAAGUUACCUUCUGGAAAUGAAUUUUUCCAGGAUGAUGCAUAUCCUGGAAAUAAUGCAUGCUGUGUGCUUUGGAAGUAUCCAAUCUUUUGGCCAUAUUAUCAUUAUUGUAAGGGAUGGAUAUACUGAUGGCUGUUACUAUCUUGAGAAUAAUGUACUUUUGCUAUGUGGACAUUUAUCCAUUGGAUAGCAAUUUUACUAAUCUUUGGUUUAGUGUUUACCACCCUGCAGUUAAGUUAGGUGUUAACACAGCAAAUGGUUUGAACCCAGUGGUAGUAGAGGUUAGGUGUUAAUGUUAAACAUCUUACAAAUUUUUAAUUCAAGCCUGAAUUUUUUUUUGGUUUUAUUUCUAAUAAAAUUUUAUUUUAGUUGUGUUUAUAACUACAAUGAUCUUUCUUCUUUGAAAUUUUCCCCCCUUUAUCAUAACUUAAACCUAAGAUUGACAAUCCUUGAUUAAAUAACAUGUAUUUGCCACUCCAGAGUCUGAUACAUGUAUAUAUCCACUUGUCUCAGUUUUUUUUUUUCCUCCUGUUAGACUAAGCUGUCCAAACUGUCCCAAACCUCAAAGCUUGAACCUUUAAAUGAGGGUGGAGGUGCAGCAUUACUUCAAAUAGUAAGUUGAUAAAUUUACUGAAUUGUUGCCAUAAGGGGUAAAUCUCAGAUGGACCUCUUUGCUUCCUCCUCUAGCCCUGACCCCUCCCUUCUUCACUUUGUCUCAGCAUUGUUUCAAUAUCUUUUGGGAUUCAUGGUUGUCCCUGAAGAGAAAUUGAGGAGGGAGGGGAUGAUAACAUUUCAAAUGAUUGGGAAUGUACUAAAAGUGAUGAAAAUUACAUCACUCAGUGUUUGCUUGUAUCAUCUGUUUUGAUUAUUCUGCUUGCAUUUUUUACAAUUGAUUAUAACUGAUAUUGAACAAUUAUUGUCCAUUAGUAGCAGCUUUACAAAAUUCAACUAAUGCGUGACAUGUCUAAUCUACUUGUAUUCAUGACAAUUCAGAACUUACAAAUGUCUAAAUUUUCAUCUCUUCAGUUUUAGUAUGGAGUCAUGAAUAUCAUGAAUAUCAUGACUCCAUAGAAUGACCCCUGGUCAAUAUUUGAUGAGGUGUUGUGAAACAUUAUAUUAUUGGUUAAUUUCUGAAAAAGAGAGCAGGCUUUGUCUAAUUUCAAACUGAUUAUGAAUAAUUAAUGAAACAAGCUUUUUAUUGUCAAUUGUUCAUCAUUUAUUUAUUGAGUUGUCUUUCAAAUACUUCUAAACUGCAUCUUUAUUGGUGGGUUCAUUAUGUUCUAUGAAAUAAUGCCCCUUACCUAAAUCAAACAUUUAAAGUAGAGUUUACUGUUCACAGCUCAUUUUACAGAGUACAGAUUUGUAUGGUUUAAACCUUCUUAAAUAUGCACAACCAAUAUUUUUUAUUUAUUAUUUUUUUUUUUUAAGGAAGGUAGAGUUUAUUUUCAGAUAUUUUUUCACCUCAAACAUAAACCACAAUACACUUGAACUUUUAAUUAUUCAUUACAAAUGACUGUGAUGUAUCAGAUGUUCUAAAUGUUACAAGCAUCACACAACUCCAUGGAAACAGUUUGUGUAUUUACAAGAUAUAUAUACAAUGAUGAUAACCUGCUAAAAGAGUAUAUAAAGUGAUCUGUUGUGGAUGAUUGUGAAGAUUGAUUACAAAAGUCCGUGCUGUAGAAAUGAUUCUUUUACAACUGUCAGAAAAAGAACUCCUAACAGAACUGAUUAGGGAUCAGCAAAAGGUAACUACAACUUGGAGUGUUUCACUUCAGAUGGAUGGAUCUAAACACAUCACUUUGAAAUAGAUAGAAUUUUAGUUUUAACAUAAGGUGAUAUUAUUUUAUGGCUCUUAAUCAUGUGUUGGCAUUUCAGAAACCUUGCUGCAGCUGAUGACUUGAAGCCUUUGCUUUGAUGUUAUUUACCCUCAUAUAAGUUGAGCUUACCGAGGGGAUAUAAUUUUUACAUGAUUGAUCAGAGUCUAACAAAUUUAUCUCUGUUAUUUUAGGUUGAUUACCAUUGUUAUCUGAUAUUGUUAACACUUUCUAUGGGGGCCUUAAUUUACCAGUCUAUCCUGAUCUCUCAUAAGAAAUAUCAUCUUGCAUGUUGUAUACAAAUUCUUUUGCAAGAUUCUUCAGAUAAGCUUUAUAAGCAAAACUUAUUAUGAUAGGCAUUCCAUUCAGCUAACAAGAUGUUUUGUUUCCUAGGAAAUAAACCGCUUGAAUGAGGAAAAUUCAAAACUCAGAGAUCGCAUCAAAAUUUUGGAAGGAAAGGUGUGACUAUUAAAUCUGAAAUAAUCUUCCAUCAUUACAAUGGUUUUUCAUUUGGUAUUACUUAAAAUGCUUUUUAAACAAGUUUGAUCCUAUUUUUGUCUGGUCUUCAUAAUUUGACAACUUGUAGUCAAAAGCAAAGCAAACCUUUAUGAAAAACUGAUCCAUGUUUUUCGUUUGCCUUUUUGUUUAGGCAACAAGUGCUAUUGGUGAAAGAAGUAAACUUCAAGCUGAUCUGGAAAGUACCCAAGCAGCUUUGAAAGCAAAAGGCAAUGUUAAGGUUUGUCCAGUACCUGACAUAUCUUUAAGAUUUGGUCAAAUUGUUGAAUCAUACUCAUUUAUUUUUUAUCCCUUUAACUCCCAAGAUCUGAUUGGUAAUUCUCCCCUCUAGCUGCUACACAUUAAAACUAGUUACAAUAAUAUGGUGUUAGAUGAAGGUAACAACCUACACCUGAUGAGUUUGAGUAAUCUCAUUACCUUUUUGUUGGAUAAUGUAUUAAUAUUAUAGAGAGAAGUUACAUGUUAAUAUAGGUUAAAGGAGGAACCUUUAAUUACAAGUAGCAACUGAAGGCUUCUUUAAUUUUCAGUAUUAAAAGGUUCCUGAUUCUUCUUCUUUCACAGGGACAUGGCAAAGAACUUGCUGACCUGGAGGAACAGAUGGCUGCUACUAAAUUAGAUCUGAAAAUGGUAAUGACAAACAUGAUGAUGGAUUUUUAUAGAAGUCCAUAUCAAACAAUUUUGUUUUAUGUAAUUUUCCCUUUUUUUACAGACAAAAGAAAAGGGCUCUACUCAUGCUGCGUCAUUGCACGAUGAGUUAACAAACACCAAGGUGAGAUAUUCAAAUUUGUUACUUAAACACUUAUGUGAUCAUAAAAAAAAAGUUACUUAAGAGUCAAUCUUUUUAAUCCUUUUGUUCAGUGGAUUAUCUUCUAGGUAGAAGUGUGUGCAUACCCUGUCUUACUCCUUACCAAUUUCCACAUAUUGGUGUUAAAAUAUGACUGAAACUAAUUAAAAAAAGUAAUUGCUUGUGAUUCUAGAGUUAGCAAUUUUGUAUGGUAAUUAGAUUUUAAAAUGAUAUGCCUAAAUGUUUCUGUUUUAAUUUUUAAUUUCUCCUCUUGUGUAGCAUGAGAUUCUAAGGCUUCAACAUGAUUUAGAAGAAGCACAAAAGGUAAAUAAUCUCUUGUACAGUACACAGGGAAUCUGUUUUAUGUCACUGCUAUGUUUUUUAGUCUUUCUCUUUGCUGGAAGAAUGUUGCCUUAAAACUUUUCUUGUUUUUUCAGGAUCUUGCCAAGAAAUUUAAUGAAACAACUCAAUACAAGAACAUGAAGCAGAUGUUGACCUCAAAGAAUGACCAGAUUAAAGAUUUACGUAGUCGCUUACGCAAGUGA